UCAGCAGCCUUGGAGAAGCAUCAGCUGAGAGCAGCUAUCACAUGGGAGCCAGUCGGGAGCUGCUCAGCAAAGGAGGUCAGUUGGAAUCCUGGACUUGAGGCGUCAGUGUGGAGGGAGAGGCCAGGCUGCGGGGGCCGUGGCGGCGAGACCUGUCCGGUGCCUUCCUGCCGAGGCUCCAUCAUGGCUGCGCGGGCCCUCGCCACCGCCACGUGGAAGCCCCGUCUGCUCCCCACGGGUGGGGACCCAGCGAGGGGCCUGCUGCAUCGGCCUCUUUGAUGUCCAUCCAGACAUGGUGGCCCUUUCUCUUCCCUUUGAGCUGGGCAUUGCUGGUGACAACAGCUACCAGGCCUCCCUCCUUCCGGGCUCCACUUACAGUGGAAGAGACGGCGGAGACCUCAGCGUGGGGACACCGGGGUCCCUUUGUCAAGGAGCUGCAGCCUCGAAGCCGCACAAUCCGUCAGCCCCAGUCCUGGGACUGGAGACCAAACCGUGAGCUCCUUGGCCUCCUGGGCAGAAAGCCGCUGCCCUCCUGAAGCACCAGACCUCAGGAAAUCACACGAACCAUCUCCACGCUCGGAGCACGCAAGAGAAGCCCGGGGAAGGGAGAGGCGGGACUGAGGACCCAGGAUCACUGUCUUGGAAGGGGAGGCAGGCGUAGAGGACGGAUGAAGAGAAGUGGAAGGGAAGAAGUCCGAGACCACGCAGGAGGUGGUGCUCUUAGGGAGCGGGGCUCCCUCGGCUGCCCCCUUGGGGACACCUGGGCUGCCUCGGACGGAAAGGGAAUAUGAGCUCGUGAGCCCGUCGCCGCCUAGCCUGGCGCAGUGUCCCCGGAAGAGCUCAGCCAGCAAGGCUGGCCACCCGAACAGGCCAGAGAGGCUCAGGCCAGAGGUGCCCCCCACGCACUUGGAAGCCUGGGCCAGGGCUGGCCAUCCCAGGGUUGCUGGACUAGGAUGGGGGAUGGGCCUGUGACCGGAGGUGCCCUGGGUGUCCUCUCUUGGCCCCAUGGAGUCCUCACCCAUUCCCCAGUCAUCCGGGAACUCCUCCAAUUUGGGGAGGGCCCCUCAGACCCCAGGCCCCUCAACUGCCAGUGGGGUCCCAGACGUGGGGCUGCGGGACGUGGCUUCGGAAUCUGUGGCCCUCUGCUUCAUGCUCCUGCUGGAUCUGACGGCCGUGGCUGGCAACGCCGCCGUGAUGGCUGUUAUUGCUAAGACGCCAGCCCUCCGGAAAUUCGUCUUCGUCUUCCACCUCUGCCUGGUGGACCUCCUGGCGGCCCUGACCCUCAUGCCCCUAGCCAUGCUCUCCAGCUCUGCCCUCUUUGACCAGGACCUCUUCGGGGAGGUCGCCUGCCGCCUCUACUUGUUUCUGAGCAUCUGCUUUGUCAGCCUGGCCAUUCUCUCCGUGUCCGCCAUCAAUGUGGAGCGCUACUAUUACGUGGUCCACCCCAUGCGCUACGAGGUGCGCAUGACGUUGGGCCUGGUGGCCUCUGUGCUGGUGGGGGUGUGGGUGAAGGCCCUGGCCAUGGCUUCGGUGCCAGUGCUGGGCAGAGUGUCCUGGGAGGAGGCCGCCCCCAGCAUUCCCCCCGGCUGCUCGCUCCAGUGGAGCCGCAGUGCCUACUGCCAGCUCUUUGUGGUGGUCUUCGCCGUCCUCUACUUCCUCUUGCCCCUGCUGCUCAUCCUGGUGGUCUACUGCAGCAUGUUCCGGGUGGCCCGCGUGGCGGCCAUGCAGCACGGGCCCUUGCCCACGUGGAUGGAGACCCCCCGGCAACGCUCAGAGUCUCUCAGCAGCCGUUCCACCAUGGUCACCAGCUUGGGUGCUCCCCAGACCACCCCGCACCGGACGUUUGGGGGAGGGAAGGCAGCCGUGAUCCUCCUGGCCGUGGGGGGGCAGUUCCUGCUCUGCUGGCUGCCCUACUUCUCCUUCCACCUCUACGUUGCCCUGAGCGCCCAGCCCAUUUCAGCAGGACAGGUGGAGAGUGUGGUCACCUGGAUCGGCUACUUCUGCUUCACGUCCAACCCUUUCUUCUAUGGAUGUCUCAACCGACAGAUCCGCGGGGAGCUAAGCAAGCAGUUUGUCUGCUUCUUCAAGCCAGCUCCUGAGGAGGAAUUGAGGCUGCCCAGCCGGGAAGGCUCAAUUGAGGAGAACUUCCUGCAGUUCCUUCAGGGGACAGGCUGUGCCGUGGAGUCCUGGGUUUCCCGACCCCUACCCAGCCCCAAGCAGGAGCCGCCUGCAGUGGACUUCCGAAUUCCAGGCCAGAUAGCGGAGGAGACCUCGGAACUCCUGGAACAGCAACUCACCAGUGACAUCACCAUGUCAGACGGCUGCCUCCAUCCUGCCCCCUCGGCCCAGCUGGAAUCAUGAUGGGCACUUGGCGGGCCACGGGGCUUGGGCUGGUUCUGGCAUCAAGGACCACCUUGUGGAAUCACCUUUUCCCAGCUGGGGCUGGGGUUUCUGCAUACAGCUUUUGCUUAGCAUUUCCUGGGUCAAGAAGAAGAGCCAGCCGGCUGGCCGGAGGUGUGACAUCAUGGCCUUGGACUUGGCUGCAUCCUUGACUCCUGGGGUAGUAAACCUGGGUAUGAGACGGUGAUGAGAGGAAAGGGUCACAAAGGUGAGGGGAAGCCUCUUCACCAGUAAGCUUGCUCACAGGAGCUGGAGCAUCCGGGGCAGCAGGCUACGUUUGGGUUGUGUGGGGGGGCCCCCCCCCCGCUCUGGAUGUUUUAUUUUGCGGUAUAAUUGUCCAGGGUAGUCACUGCGUCCAAGCAAGUCACAGAAAACCACCUGUCUUCUCCUCGCCUCACUAGGUUUCAACCCCACACCGUGGCUGUCGCGCAGAUUCCGACUCUGAGAGACUCCGCAGGGCAGAGCAGAACUGCUCCAUAGGGUCUCCGGGUUGGAUCCUUAUGGGAGGGCGGGCUUCGCCUUUCCCACGUGGAGCAGCUGGUGGUUCAAACUGCCGGCCUUCCCGGCGAGCAGCCAAGCCCUUAACCCCUGCGCCACUGAGGUCCUCCUGGUUGGGUUGAAAAGGAUCGCGAAGGGCCAGCCAAGUGUUUCCAUUGGAGUUGACAGGGCCUUUUCUUCUAACAGAUUCCCCUCAGGUGAGGGGAAUGAGCUUCCUGCCACAGUUUUCUGGGCUUGGCCUGAGGAAAGGGAAGCAGCAGUCAGGGCACGUGGCAGAGAAGACAGGAAGGCUGCCUGCGGCUGCCCCUCCACCUUUAGGGGCAGCCCCGCUGCCCUGCUGUCUCUCCUGCAUGUGGGAUCCAUGACAGGAUGGACUUCCUGGCCUCUCAGGAUGAAGGACUGGAAAGAUUGGGAGUGGGAUAGCUGAGGGUGGGGGUACAGAGAGUCCAGGUCACCACCCUGAUCAAUAAUAUUGAUCAUCUUUUCCUUCCAGGACUGGCCUCCCCGAUCUCUCUCCUCAUGGCAGUGACCCACCUCCAGCCCCCUGGACAAUCGGGUGCAAGAGACUAAGGUUGGGCAUGGGGAAGGGCGGGGUCUCCAUGGUCUGCUAAAUGCCUCUCUACUCCCAUUCAUCGUUCUCAAAAUUAGCAUCACUGACAAAGACACACAUCUCUCUCCUCCCUGCAGCCCUGGGUGGGAGGGAAGGCACAGGAGUUGCCCGGCGGAUGGAGAUGGGAAGAACCUUGUUCUUUGGUAUUGAUGGCCAGUGUGCUGACCAACCACAUUUCCAAGGGAGGAGGAAUAGUUUCAGACUCGACAGGGUAUCCACCUGGGACUCCCUGUCUGCCCCAUUUCCCUUAACAGAAUCAGGUGAUUCACAGGGGUCACGGUAGGACCAGGAAGUGGCGAGGUCUGUAUUUGAACAAACGCGUGGCUCCUUGAGCAUCAAAGGGGUACAUGGGCUGGUGGGAAUGGGCUCACUUCUCCUGAGCAGCCAAUAAAUAAUUUUAUUAUAAAAAGCGAUAGUGAUAUCAACAUUGACUUCGUCAGUGCAAGCCAGUGCACACUCGUUGAACACCCACCAUUCUCUGGGGCCCACACAAAGCAUGUGGGGUCACUGCUUCCAAGCCGUUCAGUCUAAUUUGAUCAGAUACUUUAUAUUUUUAUAGAGCACUUACAGCUGACAAACACCAUAGAGAAAUAAUCUGAGCAGUACCCUAGAGAGGAGAUCCAUGGUUACAACGCGAGAGUUCGGUUUCCUGCAGCUAUAGAUCCACCUGAAGACUUCUUGACAAUUGUGGAAAUGGUAGUGAUGGUGGUGGGGAUGUAAAAGAAAACUUUACUGGAAAUAAAAAAGAUUUAUGAAAUGAAAUUGGGCAGACAUAGCUUUCCCCAUUCACCUAGAACCAUUGCCAGGUUUCUAUUUUCCAGUUAUUGCUAUUUCCAGUUAUUGCUCCAGCCUAGUGCCUAUUACACUGAGAAAAUACAUUUUUUAAGUAGUAUAUACAGUGGGUUCGUGAUUGAAUAACAUGUUUGUAUGGCCCUCUCUCCUCUAACAAAAUCCUACAGAGGAAUCUAAUUCCUAGCUAAGGGGAAAACCUCAGAACACCACUGGCCAGCUAGUAGAUCCUAAAUACUGCCAGCAGGUGGCAGUAUGAGUUCAAUUAAACUCGUGUGUGUGUGUGUGUGUGUGUGUGUGUGUGUGUGUGUGUGUGAGUUCAAUUGAAGUCGUUUGUGUGUGUGUGUGUGUAAUUAAACGUUGCCUGGCAGCCAUUUUAUUAAUUUAUUUUUGCCCUUUCCUUUGCCUUUACCCUGUAGUCUUUCACAUAUAUCAAAGGAGGAAGUUUUAAGAGCAAAGCUCUUUCUAAUUCAGGUGGAAAUUUCUCGACACUGUGAUCGCUUUGGGAGUUUAUUAAGAGUUUGGCAUUAACGGGCUCAUUGCCAUUUAUUUUUCCUUUAGUGGAUCAUGAAGAAAAUAAAAGUUUCUCUCCUACUCUGCUGAAAAUGUCCUCAACCUUUUCUGCUAUGGCCACCUUUUACUUUU